AGGCAAUGUUUAUGUAAGGAAAACUUGUUGCGCUUUUGAUGGUCACAGGAAUCAUUUUUAAUUCACAGUUAAUCGUUUAAGGUGUGAAUCGAAGUGGAACCUGACAUGGAAUUGAACACACAGAUUAAAGCUCUAGAGAAGCCAAUAAGCGUCAACUAACCCUAGUGUUACAAGUAACGUUUCAAUGGUUAGCAAGUUACCAACCUUUUGAUUUGUUUUUCCUAUUAUUAUUGGUUAUUACCCAUAUCUAACCUGAUAUUUCCGAUAAUUUGUGAGAAGUUUAAUGAAAGCGGUAAAUGAUUAACAUACCAGUUGACGUUUUAAGUGAAACAUUUUAGGACAAACUCAAUUUCCGAGGUUGUUAUAUUCAGCAACUACAGCAAGCUGGAGGAGAUUUACCAAACCAGUUUACUUUAUUUCAAGAAACCUUAAUCUUGACUGGAAAAGAACUUGUCUAGAAGAAGCUGCACACAUUUCAUCUGGAUGCAAGAGUCGACACACAAGUGAAAAGCAAGAGGAAAAGGACAAAUAUUAGAUGGUCUAUGCUCUACAUGGAAUAUGUUUAAUGAACGGAAGUAAAGUUUAGAUUCCAUGGUUAACUAUACAAUUGAAGCAAGCAGAGAAAAAAAGACAAGCUGUGCGUGUGUAACUCUGUAACCAAAUCAAGGAAAUACCAAUUUUGAUUUACCAAAUUCACUGGUUUCAUUUGGAUGGCAUGUUUCUCUGUGUCAACCUGUGUUCAUCUCUCAUCUCAUUUUAACUGGAUAUUUAUCAAAAAAGGAUUUUGUGUAUGACUCCAUCAUCGACAUCACCAGUCUCUUUGAGUUUAUGGAUAUUUCGUGGAAAUCAUGGGUUACCCUAUUAAUUACCUUUGUCCUUUGGACAGUUAGCUUUAGUCAACUUGCUGUAUCAACUACAAUCAAGGAAUGUAAACCCUACACUCGAUCAUCUCCAAUCCAGAUAAUUGGAGAUGAUUCAGAUAUUUAUCUAACCAGUUUGCUGGAUGUCCAUGAAUCCUCUGACCAAGGUAUUUAUGGAUGUGGUCAGAUCAAAGAGAAAUCGAUAAUAAUUUUUGAAUCAAUGAGAUGGUUAAUAUCAUUGAUUAAUAAAGACAAUGGAUAUCUCAAUGGAUAUCCUAUUAAAUCAUCUCUUAUUCCUGGUAUCAAAUUGGGGAUGAGAGUUUAUGAUACCUGUAAUCAUGAGGAAUUAGCAACCAAUUAUGUUACCAAAAUUUAUCCAGUUUUGGAGAGAGGAUCAGAUAAUUGUUUAGACGAUGCUCCGAUUGAUCUUAACUCGCUAUCGCUCAUUGAUAUGGUUGGUGUUUCCAAGGAUCACCGGAUCAUGGCUUUGACUCGUCACUAUCAUUUACCAAUUGUACUACUUAACCUUAACCUUUUCAUUCCACCUGAAAUGAUUGCGGAAACUUUAACUCAAGCCAUUGGUGAUUUAAAAUGGACUCAAGUUGCCAUCCUUCAUUCAAUCGAUGAACAUUCACUUCAAACAUUGAAACUCUUGGGUCAAGCCUCUCUUAAAGAUAACUUUUGCCUUACAAUGGUUUCUGGUUUGCCCAAUCCGAAUCUCUUUGAAACUCAUGAUGACCCUCGCACUUCAUCAACAAAAGACGAAUCUCUAAGCUACUUAGGAAUAAUUAAAACAAUGGUCUCAUCAAUUCCUGAAAAUGUACCCAUUUUGAUCAUUGCAAAUGAACCUUCAGUUAAACACUUAUUUACCAUUAUGGCAGCCAAUCUUGAAAUUGUAUCUCGACACCAAUUUUUAUUCACAUCUUUACCAGAUCCUCAGCUGUUGCUUCCUUUUCACAACAAAUCCGUCAAUUUUUUCACUCUUUCACCUUAUCCAGGAACAAUUGAACCUUUUGAAAAUUAUUGGAAAUUAAUCAAAAACUCGAGAAUCUCUAAUGAAUACACUUGGCUUGAUGAAUACUUGUUGAAAGUGAAAAACAAACAAUCCUUGCCUUUUAAUCAAAGUGAAUCACCAUUGGCAAUGCUUUGGCGUGCCUAUCAAGUCACACCAAUGAUCCAUACAUUGUUCAUCUUGGUUCAAGGGCUUCGAGCUGCAUGGUUCAACAAAUGUAAAGGUGAACCCGGCCUGUGUCCAGCUUUAACUCAAAUGUCUCGUAAAGAAUUUGAAACUGUUUAUUUGGGUGAUUUACGGGUUGAAGAUAAAACGUUUCGAGAAUUGCGAGAGAUUCGGUUAGGUCGAUCAAAGGAGCCCAUGACUGGAGAUUGGAUACAUUUGGCCAUUACCAAGUUACACUUCAACUAUCCUGUUGAAAUACGUUAUUCACAUAUGAUUGCUUAUGAUUCGGCAACUGGAAAACGGCAAGUUAUUGAUCCACAUGUAAUUUACCGACCCUCACCAUGUCCAUCAUCUGGCUGUCAAGGAUGCAUCAAAAUACGUCAAUCACGCCUGGUUCCAUCAGACAAUUCAUCAUCUUCAACCUCAUCUUCUUCUUCUUCAUUUUUAUCACCUUCACCCCCAGCAUCAACCUUAGAUUCAUCCGGAUCAACAUCUUUCACACGUUUUGAAAUUCUUAAAGGUGAUUCCGUCAAUUACACAUCUAUUGAUUCAGAAUGUUAUGCUCGAUGUGCUUGGGAAUCGGAUCAUUCAUCUCAUGCUCAUCGCUUAGGAUCAUCCGGUUAUGAUGAGACAACCUCCAAUUGGGAUACCCGAUUUGAAGCAAUUAAUAUACCCGCAGGAUGGUAUUUAACUUUAGCCGUUAUCUCAGCCUUAGGAGUAAUCAUUAUAAUCAUGGGAGCUCUUUAUUUCCGCCUUUUAUUCCCAGCCACUUCGGGUACAACCAUGCUUGGUUAUCUUACCCUGGUUGGAGUUAUCAUGUUAUUCUGUGUAAAUUUUGCAUAUCUCAUUCCUUCAUCAUUCACUGUUUGUGUUCUCCGUCGUCUUGGAAUGCCUUUUGGUUAUUCAAUUAUCUUGGCUUCUCUACUGGUCAAGGUUCUCAAUAUACGUCGUUACAGUACUCUAGGUGACACUGGAUCUGCCAAACAACUGCGUCUUUCCACUCCAAUGCGAGUUCUUAUGGUUGCCCUAUUAUUACUUAGCUUACAAAUAUUAAUCACUGGUAUCUGGUUAUUCAUUAUCCCACCGAAACCCAAUCUUGACUUGAAUACCUGUUCAUGGCCAGCAUCAAACAGUAACCUAAUAAGAACCGAAUCAUUAAUCUCUUUGGUCUAUCUUAUUAUACUUACUUUAAUGACACUCAUUUUUUCACUUUUCACCUGGAAUAAUGUUGAAAAUUAUCGUGAACCUCGUUGGAUAGCUUCAACUUGUCUGUUGAUUGCUCUCAUCUGGUCAACCUGGAUUCUAGCAGCAAGUUAUUCACCUUUAUUUCAAUCACACAGCAAUUUAACCAUAGUCUGUGCCAAUCUUCUUUCCGCUUUGGUCAUUUUAAUGUGCCUCUAUGUUCGUAAGCUCAAAAUAUACCUUAGAGUGCCCAUGAAAACAAAAACAGGAGCUUCUGGAAGAACCUCGUCCCAAUUAGGUCUUCAUAACUCUUCAUUUUCUGGCUCCUAUUAUGGUACAUUACCUAAAAACCAGAAAAUGGCCAUUUCUCUGUUUAAUGGUGGAGCCACAAACGGUGGAAGAACGUCUGGUGCAUCAGGUUACCUUCGAUCUGGUUCUAGACGAUCAACCCUGUCAACCUCAUUCUUUAUCCCAUGGAGUCCAAUUUUCAAGGGUCGCUUUGGUGAUAAUGGAACUGGUGAUCAUCAUUCCGAUGACGGUCAAAGCUCUUGUGCCUCAACAUCGGGUUCAAUUCAAGUACAAGCAGAAGAUCUUUAUCCAAUGGAUGUUUAUGAAGAUGCUGAUGCAGUUCAACAGUAUCAUUAUUAUUCAACUCAUCAGUAAUCAAUACAUACUUAAAAGCAAAUUAUCAUUUUAAUCAUUUCUCAAAAAAAACUAAACCAAAAGACCAAUCUAGACGUCAUUUAGAGAGAUUAAAGAAGAAGCAAAUUAAGAGAUUAAAAUGUUGAUCCUCUUUUCAUCAGGGAAAAUUAAGUCAUUCUAUGCCAUUAUUAAAUCGUAAUUUUCUUGUGAUGAAUAUUUUUUAUCCAUUCAACCUAAAUGGAUACUAAAUGGGAUGAUAUUGUUGUUAAUUUUGUAUAUUUACAACUUUCCAGUUGAAAUCAAAAAUGAUCCAAAACUCAAGUUUUUUUUAUUGGUUAAGGAAAUGAUUUAAAUUUGCUUCUUCUAGGCCAUUUUCCCAUUUUCAUCUCAACUUCAUUGUUCAAUUCAAGUCAUGCAAUUACAAAAUUUUCCCUUUCAUCACCCUUCGAGUUAAAUCGUUUUCCUUUCAAUUUAUCACCAUUUUCAUUUUACGUUCAACCCUUUUUAAUUUUACUCUUUAUGGUCUCUUUUUGUUUCUCUGGGCUUUCGGAGUAAAUUGAAAAUAACAAAUCGAUACAAAAGUCUGCUAUUUCAGUCAAUUGAACAGCAAUCAAACCAAUGUUUACUGGAAAUGUUCAUCAAAAUGACAAAAACAAAAUGUUGCAAUAUUAAUUGUAAAUGUAAAAUUAAAUCUAAUGUCUCUGUGAAUCAAACAAAUUUGACUAACAGAUUGCAAAUAUGCUUGUUAUUAUAAUAAAAAUCAUGCUCAUAGACCUUACAA